AAUUGUCAUUCGUUAGGUUAUAUACCCACGAGUUGGUUGCGUGUUCUCGAAAGAGUUAAUAUACAAUAUAUAUUUUAACUCUGCUUAAUUAAGUAACUUUUUGUACAAAUAUAUUUUUUACCGGUUGUAAUCUAUAAACUAGAACUAAUCCCAAAAUGGUGUACCAAGUAAAAGACAAGGCUGAUCUGGAUGCCCAGUUGAAACAGGCUGGCAGCAAAUUGGUGGUUUUGGAUUUCUUUGCCACCUGGUGUGGUCCAUGCAAAAUGAUUUCACCCAAAUUGGCUGAAUUGGCUACAAAAUAUGCCGAUAAUAUUGUUGUGCUGAAGAUUGAUGUGGACGACUGCGAAGACAUUGCCAUGGAAUAUAACAUUUCCAGCAUGCCCACCUUUGUUUUCAUUAAGAAUACCCAGAAAGUUGAGGAAUUUGCCGGUGCCAAUGCCCAGCGAUUGGAGGAUGUCAUUACGAAAAAUAUCUAAAAGAUAUAUAUAUAUAUAAUCAGAGCCUCAUAUAUACACCACACACACUAAAUGAAAUUUAAACGCAAUCGAAAUCCGAACUAUUUAAUUCCUUUCAUACUAUAUUACACAUUUAGUUAAUUAUUCCAUAAGUGUAAAAAGGAUUGCUUAUGUUUUUGCAAGUGAUUCAUUUUCAUUGUUAAAACAAACGAGAAACACCAACAUAAACAUGAGUUAAAAAUAGUGAGAUCCAAAACGUGGCUUAAAAAAGAAUAUUUAAUUCGCUUCAAUAACAAUUAAUUUUUUAUUUUGUACAACAAAUCAGCAGAUCGAAGCUAAUAAAAUGAAUGUAAAACACAUAAUACCUUAA